GAUGAGGAGCAGGACAGUUUGAUGGAGUUGAAGGUCCUCGGCAGGACUGAUGACAGACUGGAUGUAAGAGAUGCACCAUUUGUGUCAGGGAGUGGGUUACAAUAUGUUAUUUUGUAACAAUAUCUGGUUCCCAGUGAUGUCUUCAUGUAUUUCUUGAUCUGAUCAGCAGUCAAAUAUCUGUCCCGACAGGCAGAAGAAAAUGUUCUUGCUCAGGAGGCUGUGCUGGAGGCCCUGAUGAGGUCAGACGACAGACACAGCCAUCGGCCAGUGUGGAAGGGAGAGGAACGGCUGCGUGUGAUGUCAUCCAGUGGGUUAACUGAAGCUGGUGACAUUUGCCUCGAAGACUACUUUGAUCGUGCUGAAUAUGACAACCUCUGUGAACACAUUUCAUCCAAAUCUACAAUUGAAACUAAGGAGUCUGAAGAUGAUGGGCACUGCACUGAAGCUGCAACAGAAGCGGAUAUAGCAGAAUUUCACAGCCAGCCAGACCUGCUGAUGGAGCGAAGGACAGUCCAUAUUCUGGACAAGGGCAUCUUAGAGGAGCCCCUGAAGAUUCAUGAGCUCCGACACUGUUUAGAAAACCCCAACCACGAACUCUGUAAGCUCAAGCCUUCAGAUGCAAACAGGUCAUCAAAUGUGAGCGAAGAGAGGAAGGCUUUCAGGUUACAACUAGAAAAGGAGGAAAGGGAGGUGGAGAAGCUUGAGAAGGGUUUGGACAGAAAGUGUAAAGUGAAGAUGCAUCAAGACAAAGCUAGAAAGGUUGUAAAAUGUUCUGUAACAGACAAGGCUAGAAAUAAGAAUAGGGAGGACCGAGCGCUCUCUGAGCUUUUAUCAAAGAGCUGUAACGGAUCACCCAGAAAUCAUACUGAAUCUUUGGACAAGAAUGAAGAUGCAUGUAAGAUUGAUUAUAUUCCAGCUGAAUUGGUUCCUGGUGCUGCCAAAGAGGCUAAAUGCUCUUUCUCUGAGGAAACCCAACCUCAGGAAUGUAUCUACUGGAGAGAAUUGGCCACAUCUGGUGAAAAUAUUACCAUAUGCAAACCAGGAGCCUCUUUAAUCCCUGGAAAGGUGCCAGAUGGAGUGUUUGAUCCAGGUGGAAAAUCACGCCUUCCUCCUGUGCCUAUGCCAAGAAAAGCUUCCUUUCCUUUGGAGGACAACGUUGAAUCUCCUCAUUACACAGAGCUGGCGAAUCCUGCUCUGUCUUCAGUAGCUCAAGAUCCUGGUUUUGUGCGACUUGAUCUACAAGAAAAACCUCUUAAAUCCCUGUCAGGGAAUGUGACUACAUCCAUCAGUGUCUACUUUCUCAAUUCAAAUGUCAAGGAACACAGCAAUGACAAUGACCAGCCAGAGAAAUGCGGGCUUUCAUUGGACCACUUAUCUGAAAUGGCCACUAACAAUGAAGAGGGGACGCCAUCAAUGAAAUUCAAGACUUUAUCUCCUACAUAUGAGUGGCCACAUCAACGGUCAGCACCACAGCUACCUCCUGACCAGUCUCUAGAGUUUGACUCUGGUGGAAGAGAUGAGCUGAAUGAAGACUUGCCUGAUGGUGUUCAGAGCUCUGAGGCCUUGAGGAUAUCAGUCUCUUUGUCACCUGGGAUUCGGGUCGAUCUUAACAUCAACACGAGAGAGAUGAUGGAUUUUUCUUUUGGUGUCUCCCUGAGAAUGGAAAUACUCUGCUGCUGGGACUGCAUGGAUGAUUCCAGGUUGAAAUCAAAGGCCUGUUGCCUACUGUCACCAGGCCCAAAGGCAAAUAGUUCUCAGUGUGGAGUGAUGCUGGCCAACGUGGAAACAUCAGAAAGAACAUGCAGAGUUCAGCUUGCAAAUCGUCUUCAGAAAGUGCUCCUGAGAAGGACUGCUGUGAGGUCUGUGAGCCUGACUCCUGUGUAAUGUACCACUUCAAUUUAUUUCACCAAGUACAAUGUACACAUAGCUCUAAUGCAGUACUAUGCCUUGUCUGAGCCGCCAUAUAACCCCUUUUAAAUAUGCUUUCUGUAUUGAGUUUUUUUGUAGCAUCACUUUUACAUCCGUCAUCAAUGUGGAUCUUGACAAGUGAGCUCUUGA